GUGCAGGAGCUGCGGCGGUGCGGGGCCGGGGCUGGCGGCACACAUGGAUGACAGCAAGGUGGUUGGAGGCAAGGUAAAGAAACCAGGCAAGCGAGGCCGUAAACCAGCCAAAAUAGACUUGAAGGCAAAGCUUGAAAGAAGUCGUCAGAGUGCAAGAGAGUGCAGAGCCAGGAAGAAGCUGAGGUACCAGUACCUGGAAGAGCUGGUUUCAAGCAGAGAGCGAGCCAUCUGCGCUCUUAGAGAAGAGCUUGAAAUGUACAAGCAGUGGUGCAUGGCGAUGGACCAAGGGAAAAUCCCCUCUGAAAUAAAAGCCCUGCUAACAGGAGAGGAGCAGGGCAAAGCACAGCAGAACUCAAUCAAACUUGCCAAGGCUGGGAAGACAGAAGCAAACAGCAGCAAUCCCUGAGGCCAAUGCAGAACCUUCCGCACUGCAGCAGAGAUAG